CGGAGUGCAGAAGAUAGUUCCGCAUAUUACAGCGCAGAGCGAUGAGAAGAGACACUCCGACUGCCGAAGUUCUCCUGGACCGCCGACCCCAUUAAGGUGCUGAAGAAUGGACAUCAUGAGGAGUACCUACCUUCUACAGGUGGUGGGCGUGCUUUGUAUGACGGCCGCCAUCUCCCAAGGAAAGUCCUCAUCCAUGGGUCGGUACAUGGCCUCUGUAUUCUCAGACUUGACUCCCGAGGAGAUGAAAUCCAUAAAAAGUUUUCUCGUGGAGCAGCAGCAACUCAACCUGGUUUCCAGCCAGAAGACGUACGGCAAAAACACCAUUUUUAUGAUGGAGCUGAAUUUGCCAAAAAAGAGUAAAGUUUUGAAAUUCUUGGAUAGUGAUGGCAAAAAUAAACCCCUCCGAGAGGCCAAAGUUGUAAUAUUUUUCGGUAACCAACCCAACCCCAACGUCACCGAAUUCCUUGUGGGUCCCCUCCCCCACCCGUAUUAUUACCGACGGAUCAAUCCCAGAGGAAAGAAGCUGAUCAGUUUCGAGUCCCGGCCCGUGAUCAACGUGGAAUACGAGAAGAUCCAGAAGAAGCUGGUAGAGGUCACCAAGGAAUUUAACCACUUAUUACUGGAAGUUUCCGGUUAUUCGUUUUAUAACUGCUCCAAGCGCUGCCUGGCGUUCACCGACAUUGCUCCUCGCGGCUUGAGGUCCGGAGAGCGCCGCUCUUGGAUAAUCUUGCAGAGGUUUGUCGAUGGCUUUUUCCUCCACCCUAUAGGCUUCGAGAUCCUCCUCAAUCACCGUUCCCUCAACCCCGAGGAGUGGACGGUGGAGAAGAUCUGGUAUAACGGACAAUACUUUGAUAGCGUCAAGGAACUUCUUCAAAAAUAUGAAAAAAAGGAGCUGAACGUUAUUCCUCUUACGCAUUUUACCGAGGAAGAUCCCUACUCCACCUACAUGCCGCGUGGGGACUUCAAGACCAACACCAACGUUCAUGGACCCAAAAUAUGCGAACCUCAGGGCAAGCGGUACAAAGUUUUGGGUAACUAUGUUGAGUAUACAGGGUGGAGCUUUGCGUUCCGUGUGCGUCCGUCUGCAGGCUUACAGAUCUUCGACAUACAGUACAACAACGAACGCGUAGCCUAUGAGGUGAGCAUCCAGGAGGCCAUUGCAUUUUAUAGCGGGGUCACUCCGGCGGCCAUGCAGACCAAGUACAUCGAUUCCGGGUGGGCAAUGGGAACGGUACACUAUGAGUUGGCCAAGGGCAUCGACUGCCCUGAAGUGGCCACUUACCUGGACUUGUACAACUUUUAUGACACAGAUGAGCCCGUGCGUUAUAAGAACGCUUUGUGCAUCUUUGAACUGCCCACGGGGAUGCCAUUACGCCGCCACUUUGACAGCACCCACGACGGCGGCUACAACUUCUACGCCGGGGUGGAGAACCACGUGCUGGUGGUGAGGACAACGUCCACCGUCUACAACUACGACUAUAUCUGGGACUUCGUCUUCUACCAGAACGGGGUGAUCGAGGUGAAAGUCAGCGCCACGGGCUACAUCCAUGCCACGUUUUUCACCCCCGAUGGCCUUCACUAUGGAAGUAAAGUCUACAGCCACGUCCUGGGGAACCUGCACACUCACCUGGUGAACUACAAGGUGGACCUGGACAUUGCAGGCGCUGAAAACAGUUUUGAAACGAUCGAUCUGAAAUACGAGAAUAUUUCCAACCCCUGGAGCCCCGGUGACUUCAUCGUCCAAUCCCGGAUGGACAGACAGCUGAGGUCCAGCGAGAGGACAGCCGCCUUCCGAUUUGGGGAGCCGCUGCCCCGGUACCUGAUGUUCAUGAACCCCAACAAGAAGAACAAGUGGGACCAUUACAGGAGCUACCGGAUCCAGUACAAUUCCCACGCCCACAGCGUGCUGCCCCGAAAGUGGGACGCGGAGAGAGGGAUCGCCUGGUCCAGGUACAGCCUGGCGGUGACGCGGCACAAGGACUGGGAGCAGACCAGUAACAGCAUGUAUAUCCAAUCCGAUCCCUGGGAUCCCGCCAUCAACUUCGAGAACUUCCUCCGCAACAACGAGGACAUUGAGAACAAAGACCUGGUGGCCUGGGUGACUGUUGGCUUCCUCCACAUCCCCCACUCUGAGGACAUCCCCAACACUUCCACCCCGGGGAACUCGGUGGGAUUCUUCCUCCGACCCUUCAACUUCUUCGAUGAAGAUCCGUCGGUGGCCUCCAGGUCCACGGUCAUCGUCAGACCAACAGACAAGACCUUCAGUAAAGUGACCAUCAAACGCUGGACUCCGGAGGUUGUUGGCCAAUGUGUGUCGGAGAAACCCUUCCGGUAUAACGGCACCUACUUCUCCGACUGAGAGGUCACCUUGGAUGUCUAUGGGAAGGGAGAAUGGCCGAGGGUUGGACACUGAGAAUACAUUAGAAGACGUAGAGGAACCUCUGGACGGCAGGAGGCCUCUCGGUUCUCAUGGAGAUCUUUCUAUGGAGCCCCAGAAGAGCAAAGCUGCAGCCAACAGACUUUUCUAUCUCCUCUUUAUAGGAAAUUGUAAAAAAAAACUGAGUCGAGUCACCCGAGUGCAAUAAAUGGCGUGUGUGCUGGA